AUGCUUACUGUAUUCACAUCUCAAACACAGUCCGCAAAUACUGAAGGGAUUACAAUCACGGGGGGCUUGAAGGAAGGGAAGACUGUUAUCAUAAUUGGACGUAUUUCGUCAAAUGCUAACACGAAUAUUACUGUUACAGAUGAGGCUCCCGUACCGCCUCCUCCGCACCACCAGAGGGAACUGUCCCCAGAAUCAAAUAUCAACCUUAAGGAUGGUUCUCAUCCCGCUGCUAGAACUGCUCUGUGCAUUAGCCCACACUUUGAGAAUGACCACCCACAUAUAGUGUACAAGACCUUCCAAAACGAUAGUUGGGACUCAGAUCAACCCACUUCUAAGUCUCCUCUCCUCCAAGGCCAACUGUUCACCAUCAAGAUCCUUGUCACCACACAGGCAUAUAAGAUAAGUGCCAAUGGGGAAGACUUAAUGGUCUAUAAUCACCGUAUUCCAUUCACUCAAAUGAACACCAUCUUAGUGGAGGGAAUGGAGCUGGAUUUCAUUGGCCAUCUGAAUCUUGUGGUGGCAUCGUACAAAAAAGAAGUGGUUGAUGGACUAAAGCCUGGCAAAAUCAUUGUAAUUUAUGGAAUUGCUAACGCCGACUGUAAAAGGAUGGAGAUUAAUCUGCGCCACAGAUAUGGGAUUGCAUUUCACUACCUAUGCCGUUUUGAGGAGAAUGCAGUUGUCCGCAAUACCUGGCAGAACGGGGGUUGGGGGACAGAAGAAAAGAGUCAAGACAUCCCUUUUAAAAAUGGAGAGUUCUUUGAGAUCAAAAUCACCUGCAAAGCAGAGCAGUACGAUGUGUCAGUGAAUGGCCAGCAAGCACACACUUACAAGCAUUGCUUUACUAAACUGGAGGACAUCGAUGUUAUUGAAGUUUGUGGAGGUCUACAAUUGUUUUCUGUGGAAGCCAAGGAUCCAUAG